GCCGAACGCGGUCUUUUGUCUUAGUGUUGGACUGGAGGCGAACGGAGACUCGAGCAGGAAACCGUGAGGUGUGAGUGCUGCGGGGCCGCUGACGCUUGUGUUUUUUAAAAUUUAUUUUAUUAAUAAUAUUUCCUGGGCAGUGAUGGAGCGCGCGGUGCGGGAGCGCAUUUAUUCUACAUUGUGUUACUGUAGAUAAGAAGCCGCUACACUAGAGCGGAGAGCGGGUGGGUUUCCUCCACACAGCGCCAUCACAGGAACGCCGUGACGAUCCGAUCAGACCGGGCGAUAACGAGCACUAGAACGUGUUGGAGGAGGAGGAGCCGGCGUGCGUUGUGCGUGCGCGGGGAUCACGGUUACAUCCGCGUAGCCCAGCCGGACCUCCUCCAGCAGGGCAUCAGACCUGUCGCUGUGUCCUGCUGAGAUUAUACAGGAGGGAUCGAGGUGGAGAGAGAGAGAGAGAGAGAGAGGGAGAGAGAGGAGGGAGAGAGAGGAGGGAGUGCAGAUCUGCGCCCUAACGCACGCGGGACGCGAUCGUGCUGAACCGCUGGAGACGCGCCGGUGCGAGCCUCCGUUAAUGAUCGGGGCAUUAAAAGUAGUCACAGGUGAGACCGGGGUCGAGAAGCUCCUCAGACACGGGGGGUUAGAAAGUACGCACCUUGGGCACUUGUGAAAUGGCACUUGAUCACAUCCUAAGCUGAAGAAGGAGGAGGAGGAGGAGGAGGAGGGCGCGACGGGAUGCCCGGGACCUGCAGCCACUUCGGAGGGACAGCGCUCCAAGAGAAGGACAGCACAGAGGGAUUCGGUGAGCCAUGAGGAAACUGGAGAGAGGGAAGAACGUGCCACUCAUCACUUUGAUUGGACGACGAGACGAGGACCACACACCGCUUGGACGGCGGGUUCCAGCCCGGCUGUGAGAAAGAGGAAAGAAGUGUAAAAGCCAGAGUUUAGUCCAUUGAGUGCUGUAUCUCCUACUUCUUCUAAUGGACCAGUGGCUGGGGGAGCUAUGCCAGACCUCGGGCCUUUUCCCCCCACCGCGUCUGCUCCUUGCUGAAGCUCCCAGCUGAGUCCUGGAGAGCUAAAGGCUAAGAGCGACGAACCCCCAUGCAGGCGCGCAAGAAGUAUGUGCUGCUGGGUCUGUGUACGUGCUGCUGGCUGCUGCUGUUCUACUGGGGCGGCCUACACGAGCGGCUCCUCGGCCUGGUGACGCACAGGAGGGCCGAGGUGCUGCGCCCAUGGCCUGACUGGUUGGACCGAGCCCUUUUACCAGCGUACGCCAGCCAUGCAGAGCUGCAGAACGGAGCAGGGCCUGGUGACUCACCUGUGCUGCGACGCCAGGCCUGGAACAGUAUCUAUAAGGACAGCCGGUGUCGAAUGGAAACGUGCUUCGACUUCAGUCGCUGUCAUGGACGCGACGGCUUUCGCGUGUACGUAUACCCGCCCGAGAAGGGCGACCGCGUGUCGGAGAGCUACCGCAAAAUCCUGGCCUCGGUGGCCGAGUCCAGAUACUACACAUCAGACCCACGCGAGGCCUGCCUGUUCGUGCUGGGCAUCGACACACUGGACCGUGACCAGCUUUCGACGCAGUUCGUCCCCAACGUCGACGAGCGGAUCCGUGGCUACCCGCUCUGGAACGACGGACGCAACCAUGUGGUUUUUAAUCUGUACUCAGGCACCUGGCCAAACUACACGGAGGACCUGGGAUUUAACAUAGGCCAGGCCAUCCUGGCAAAGGCCAGCCUGAACACAGAGCACUUCCGGCCCGGCUUCGACGUCUCCAUUCCAUUGUUCUCAAAAGAGCAUCCACAGAAAGGCGGCGAGCGUGGCUGGUUGUUGCGCAACACCGUGCCACCGAAGCGGAAAUAUUUACUCAUGUUCAAGGGGAAACGCUACCUAACAGGGAUCGGUUCUGACACACGGAACGCACUGCAUCAUAUCCAUAACGGCAAAGACAUCAUAUCCUUAACAACCUGCCGCCACGGCAAGGACUGGGAGAAGCACAAGGAUGCUCGCUGUGACCACGACAACCAGGAAUACGAGAGGUUCGACUAUCAGGAGCUGCUCCACAACUCCACCUUCUGCCUGGUUCCUCGUGGGCGGCGCUUGGGAUCCUUCCGUUUCCUCGAGUCUUUGCAGGCGGCCUGUAUCCCAGUGUUGCUCAGCAACGGUUGGGAGUUGCCCUUCUCUGAUGUCAUCCAGUGGAACCAGGCAGUUAUCGAGGGAGACGAGAGGUUGCUGCUUCAGGUGCCGUCUACCGUGCGGGCAGUGGGCAUCGACCGGGUGCUGGCUCUGAGACAGCGCACCCAGAUGCUUUGGGAGGCCUACUUCUCCUCAGUGGACAAGAUUGUUCUCACCACUUUAGAGAUCAUCAAGGACAGAGUGUAUGCCCACAUCUCAAGGAACAAGUUCAUGUGGAAUUCUCUGCCUGGAGGUCUGCUGGUGUUGCCCGAAUACUCAAUCCACCUGGCCCAUUACCCUUUCUACUAUCUGAAUCUGGGAGUCAUGCCUGGCCAGGAAUUCACUGCCGUCAUCCAUGCCACAUCUCCGCUGGUUUCCCAGUCUCAGCCAAUUAUGAAGCUCCUGCAGGUGGUGUCCAAGUCGAAAUAUUGCUCACAGAUUAUCAUCUUGUGGAACAGCGAGAAGCCGCCCCCUCACCGGAGCAAGUGGCCGCCCAUGCCAGUGCCCCUCGUCGUCACAGAUGGCAGAAGGAAAACGAGCAGCCGGUUCCUGCCACAUGUCGCGAUUGAGACUGAAGCGGUGCUCAGCCUUGAUGAAGACUCAGUGCUACUGACUAGUGAGAUCAACUUUGCCUUUCAUGUGUGGCGGAGUUUCCCUGAGAGAAUAGUCGGGUAUCCACCCAGGAGUCAUUUCUGGGAUCCAGUGAAGAAAAUCUGGGGCUACACCUCCAAAUGGACAAAUGAAUACUCAAUCGUGCUGACUGGAGCAGCCUUCUAUCACAGGUAUUAUCAUUACCUGUUUUCUCAUUAUCUGCCCCCUUCACUACGGGCAUUAGUGGACCGCAGCUCAAACUGUGAGGACAUCCUGAUGAACUUCUUAGUGUCCUCUGUGACCCACCUGCCACCCAUUAAAGUGGCUCAGAGGAAGCAGUACAAAGAGAUGCCGAGCCCACAGAGCACCAACAUGGCCCCCUGGGCAAACCCUGAGCACUUUACCCAGAGACAGGAGUGUAUAAACACCUUCGCUAGCUGGUUCGGCUACAUGCCCCUGGUGCACUCGCAGCUCCGUCUGGACCCUGUUCUUUUUAAGGACCACGUAUCCGUCCUGCGCAAGAAGUACAAGGACCUCGAGCGUGCUUGAACCACGCGGAGAGCACAGACGAUCUUUUGAAGUCGCCUCAGCAUCUUUCAGAGCGCAUAAACUCUACAGAGGGCAAGAAUUCCCCUUGCUAACAGAAUCCUGGACUAACACAUUAUUGUGUGUUUGUGGAGUCAAGUUAGAGAGCAACUUGACUCAAUACAUGAAAUUGUAUGUAUGUAUGUAUGUAUGUAUGUACAUGACCAAUA